GUCACUCAUUCGCACUCUGCACCUCACCCACUGAGGACUCACCUCUCACCAGUUUAAGGGAGUUUUGCGUGUGAUUACAGCUGAUGGCGGACAGGAUCACCUGCCGACUGUGGCUGGCCGUCUUUCUCCUGGGAUGCGGACGACUGUCCGCUUUCAACCUGGACAGCGAGAACGUCCUGCGGAAGAGCGGGGAUCCGGGCAGCCUGUUCGGCUUCUCUCUCGCCAUGCACCGGCAGCUCGAUCCGGUGGACAAGAGAAUGCUGCUGGUUGGUGCCCCGAGAGCAAAAGCCUUGAGUGGUCAAAAGGCUAAAGUGACAGGAGGACUGUACAGCUGUGACAUGAGCUCACCUGAUUGCUCCAGGGUUAUUUUUGACGAUAGCGAGGAUACAGCCAGAGAAAGCAAAGAGAACCAGUGGAUGGGAGUGUCAGUCAGCAGUCAGGGACCAGGAGGCAAGAUUAUGACCUGCGCCCACCGCUACCAGCGCCGGAGCAAUGUGAACACACCCAUUGAAUCCCGGGACAUUAUCGGCCGCUGCUACGUGCUGAGUCAGGACUUGACUAUCAACCCGUCUUCAAGUGAGGAUGGAGGCAGCUGGCAUUUCUGCGAGAGCCGGCCCAGAGGCCACGAGAUGUUUGGCUCCUGCCAGCAGGGCCUCUCUGCCAGGUUCGACAAGGACUUCCACUACCUCAUCUUUGGGGCCCCGGGAGCUUACAACUGGAAAGGUGUGGUACGCUUGGAACAAAAGAACGACACCUUCUUAGAGAUGGGCAUCUAUGACGAUGGUCCUUUUGAGGUGGGAGAUGAGAGCGAAAAGAACCCUGACCUGGUUCCUGCUCCUGCAAACAGCUACCUUGGCUUCUCCCUGGACUCGGGGAAGAGUCUGACCAAGAAGGGCCAGCUGACAGUGGUGGCGGGAGCUCCGCGAGCGAACCUCAGCGGGGCGGUGGUGCUGCUUAAGAAGGGCGCGGACACUAGCAACAUCCUGCUGGAAGAGUACACCCUGGAAGGGGAAGGGCUGGCCUCGUCUUUCGGCUACGAUCUGGCCGUGCUGGAUCUUAACAAGGACGGCUGGCAGGACAUAGUGGUGGGGGCACCUCAGUACUUUGAGAAGGAAGGAGUAAUUGGAGGAGCCGUCUACGUCUUCGUCAACAAAGCCGGAAAGUGGAACAAAGUCAUGCCCACCAGAAUCGAUGGACCUCAGGACUCCAUGUUUGGCCUGGCUGUGGAAAACUUGGGAGACAUCAAUCAGGAUGGUUACCAUGAUUUUGCUGUGGGGGCUCCUUAUACGGAUGGUGGUGCAGGGACUGUUUACAUCUACCAUGGAUCAGCCACAGGUCUCAGCUCGAAGAAAGCUGCACAGGUUCUGUCCGGCCAGCCUUUAGGAGUCCGGCUUUUUGGCUACUCUUUGGCAGGCAACAUGGACCUGGAUAGGAACUCAUACCCUGACCUGGCUGUGGGAUCCCUCUCUGACGCCGUCUUUGUCUACAGAGCCCGUCCAGUUAUCAACAUCAAGAAGGAAAUCAAGUUCUCACCGAAGGAAAUCGACCUCACCAAAAAGAACUGUGGCAACACCUUCUGCUUGAGUGUUGAGGCAUGCUUCACCUACACCGCCAACCCCAAGAGCUACUCUCCCAGUCUGACGGUGGCGUACACCCUCGAGGCCGACAGUGACCGCACAAAGAACGGUCUUAUCCCCAGGGCCACCUUCUCCGAGGCCAAUGAGCAGAGCUACGAAUCCAAAGGGACCAUCACCUUGAACAGCAAAGGACAGAAACAGUGCGUUACACGUCAGCUCGCCAUAAAGGAAAAUAUCAAAGACAAGCUGCGCGGGAUCCCCAUCGAAGUGUCAGUGGAGAUCCAGGACGCCAAACGCAAGCGCAGACAGAGCUCAACUCCUCAGCUGCCACCCGUCCUGGACGCCAAUGAGCCCAUGACGACUCGAUCAGAGGUGCAUUUCCUGAAGGAAGGAUGUGGCAGUGACAAUGUUUGUCAGAGCAACUUGCAGGUGAAAUAUCGCUACGGCUACAGGACAACUGACGAAGACACAUUCACUCCAUUAGGACUGGAGAACGGCGUGCCGGUGAUCUCGCUCAGCAACCAAAAGGACAUCGCCCUGGAGGUCAAAGUAACCAAUCUGAACGGAGAUGAUGCGUACGAAGCCUCUGUGCUCGCCUCCUUCCCACGCUCUGUUACCUACUCUGCGUUCCGCGUUCCACCAACUGAGCGGCAUGUAACCUGUGUAGCCAAUAAAAAUGGUUCCCAGGCUGAUUGUGAGAUUGGAAACCCCUUCAAACGAGACUCAGAGACGACCUUCUACAUCAUCCUGGGUACAUCAGGCAUCUCUCUCAACACUACUGAACUGGAGAUUGAUCUUCAGCUUGAGACUACGAGCGACCAGCAGAAAAUAGCCCCUGUUAAAGCGAAGGCAAAGGUGGCCAUCAUGUUGCAGCUGUCUGUAUCAGGACAAGCCCAGCCAUCUCAGGUCUACUUCACAGGAGAGGUCAAAGGUGAGGCGGCCAUGAAGAGUGAGAGUGAAAUUGGCAGCGCCAUCACACACCAGUUCAGAAUCAUCAAUCUGGGAAAGCGCCUGACAGACUUCGGCACCGCCACCCUCGACAUCGACUGGCCAAAGGAGACGGAGCAGGGGAAGUGGCUGCUCUACCUGAUGAAGAUCACCUCCACUGGAGUGGACCAUAUAGAGUGCUCUCCUAAAGGGGAGAUCAACCCUCUUAACAAGGAACCAAGUAACUCCAGGACGAGAAGAGCAGCAGAUAACACCCAGGGAAGUGAGGAGGGCACUAUUUUACGUUCAACUGACAAAAGGAAAUCUAAAACUCUGUCCUGUGACAACGGGGCAAAAUGUGUGAGGAUAAAGUGCCCCCUGCGGGGCCUGGACAGUAAUGCAGUCAUCACUCUCAACUCUCGCCUCUGGAACGGCACCUUCAUAGAGGAUUAUUCCAAGUUACACCAUGUGGAGGUGAUAGUGAGGGCCUCUCUGCAUGUUGAUAGCACAACAAAGAACACAGUGCUGCAAAACGCUGAGACACAGGUGAGACUGACGGUGUUCCCAGAGAGGCGUGCAGCCCAGUAUGGAGGAGUGCCAUGGUGGAUCAUCGUGCUGUCCGUCCUGCUCGGGCUGCUGUUGCUGGCCCUGCUGGCUUUCCUUCUCUGGAAGUGUGGCUUUUUUAAGCGAGCCAAAUAUGAAGACAAGGUUCCCAGUUACAACGCUGUUCGGAUCAAACGGGAGGAGAGAGCAGUGAACCCUGGGAAUGGUAACUGGGAAAACCUGGAAAAGAAGCCCUGGAUGACAACAUGGCAUGACAAAGAGCAUUAUUCUUAACAGCCAAUGAGAUCCCACCCCACACAGAUUCCUGUUGCUUACUGAUAAAACUCCCAAUAUCACCGUUUUUUUUCCUGCCUCGUCUUUACGCAGCGUGGACUGUAAAUAGAGACAAAAAUCAUUUGAAAAAAAAAAACUUUGUAAGACUAAAUACUUGAUCAAACAUUCUGCUUCAGGGGCUGAACCGAUCUUGGACAAAGUCUGUAUGAAUCACUGGAGAAGGACAGUUGCAGUGUGGGAGGUGGUCCUGCACUGCUACUGUCUGUCAGAGCUCGUUUUGUACAUUUACUACAUACACAGUGUUGACUGGGGGAGGGAGGGAGUGUUUAUAUGUUUUUUGUACAUUUUUCUGAAUGUUUUGCAGAAUUGUUUGUAUUUAUUCUUUGUGAGGAGUACUUUAUGUUACGUGCCCUACAGGCCAAAGAGCCAUGCAAUGCAAAGACUGGCGACUUUGGUGUUUUUUGUUUUUUAAACUAAAAUGCAUUUCCCCCAUUUUUUAGCAUUUCUACUUUGCAUCUGCCUUAACUUGCUGAUCAGUCAGCAUUUUUCAUGCUCAAGGUGCCUCAGGUCGUACGUGAUGGAGGAACAGCGACUUAUCUCGCAUUUGUCGAGCACUCGGUUUGCAAAUACACAACCAAGCCUCUGCAUAAUCCACCUUUUAUUCACUGGCUGUAAAAUAGCAGAGCGAGCAAAGAAUUUCUUGAAUAAAAAUGUCUAAAUGUU